UAUUGUAGUCACCCGCUUAUUGUAAGUUUUUAUAAUAGGGUAAUUGAAUUUUGCACGGUAUUUUUUACUUUCACCGAUCACCCUUUUCUAGCAAUCAUGAGUAGAAACACGCGAUAUAAUAAGAAAUUGACAACAAUUACCAACAUCAAUGAGGAUUGUUCUGAGGUGUCCUACGAAGAAGAUCAAUAUGAAUUAGGUGAAAGUGAUGAUUACAGUAAAGAUUCUGAAUCCACCGAAACUGCAGAAAUGGAAGGAUCUUCGGAUAGUGAAGAGGAAAACCUCUUCAAUAUACGUCGUAACAAGAAAAGGAGGCGGAUUAUUUCUAGUUCUGACACCGAGGAUGAGAGGACGAGUAUUAGGAGAACGUUCGUCACAGUUCAGACGUUUCAGAUCGGCCACCUUCAACAUCGGGAGUGCGAAAAAGUUGCCAAGUGGGCUACUGUAAUAAAAAUAGAAGCAGUAAUUGCUGUAUGUAUUGUAAAAAUAUCGUAUGCGGGAAAUGCACAAAAGAAAUUCAAUACGUUUGGAUCCGUUUAA